UGACCUCGGACGCCAGCGCGGGGAGCCCCGGGAGGGCGAGGGUCGUGCGCCGGCCGGACAGCGGGUCCCCGCGGGGUGCCCGGGACCUGCCACCAUGUGCCAGCUGUACAGCAAGCGCGACACCCUGGCGCUCCGGGGGAAGCACAUCGGGCCCUCGUGCAAAGUUUUCUUUGCUGCGGAUCCCAUGAAAAUCGUGCGAGCCCAGGGCCAGUACAUGUUCGACGAGCAAGGUGAACGCUAUGUGGAUUGCAUCAACAACGUGGCCCAUGUGGGACAUUGUCACCCGGAAGUGGUCAGAGCUGCCCUGAGACAGAUGGAAGUGCUGAAUACGAAUUCUAGAUUCCUCCACGACAACAUUGUUGAGUAUGCCAAGCGCCUUUCGGCGACCCUGCCGGAGAAACUCUCCGUUUGUUAUUUUACAAAUUCGGGAUCCGAAGCUAAUGACUUAGCCCUGCACCUGGCCCGGCAGUUCAAAGGCCACCAAGACGUGAUCACUCUGGAGCAUGCUUACCACGGUCACCUAUCAUCCUUAAUUGAGAUCAGUCCAUACAAAUUUUGGAAGGGCAAAGAUGUCAAGAAAGAAUUUGUGCAUGUGGCUCCCGUUCCAGAUACUUACAGGGGAAAAUACAGAGAAGACCACCCAGACCCAGCCAGUGCGUAUGCGGAGGAAGUCAAGAAAAUUAUCGAAGAAGCUCAUAACGGUGGAAGGAAGAUCGCUGCCUUUAUUGCUGAAUCCAUGCAGAGUUGUGGCGGACAAAUUAUCCCUCCAGCAGGCUACUUCCAGAAAGUGGCAGAGUAUGUGCACGGCGCAGGGGGUGUGUUUAUAGCUGACGAAGUUCAGGUAGGCUUUGGCCGAGUUGGGAAACAUUUCUGGAGCUUCCAGAUGUACGGCGAAGACUUCGUUCCAGACAUCGUCACUAUGGGAAAACCAAUGGGCAACGGCCACCCCAUGGCGGGUGUGGUCACAACCAAGGAAAUUGCAGAAGCCUUCGGCAGGUCUGGGAUGGAGUAUUUCAAUACGUUUGGAGGAAAUCCGGUAUCUUGUGCUGUUGGUCUGGCUGUUCUGGAUAUAAUUGAAAAUGAAGGCCUUCAAGGGAAUGCCACAAAAGUAGGGAAUUAUCUUACUGAGUUACUGAAUAAGCAGAAGGCUAAACACCCUUUGAUAGGAGAUAUUAGGGGCGUUGGCCUUUUUAUCGGAAUUGACUUAGUGAAGGACCGUCAACAGAGGACCCCUGCCACGGCCGAAGCUCAGCACAUCAUCUACAAGAUGAAAGAAAAACGUGUGCUGCUCAGUGCCGACGGACCCCAUAGAAAUGUGCUUAAAAUAAAACCACCUAUGUGCUUCACUGAAGAAGAUGCCGAGUUCAUGGUGGACCAACUCGAUGGGAUUCUAACAGUUUUAGAAGAAGCCCUGGGAGGCAAAACUGCAAGUGUGAUUUCUGAGAACACUCCAUGCAAAACAGAGGUGCCGAGGGAAGCACAGCUGGAAUUGCCCAGUGGCGGCACCGCUGACUCCAGAGAAAGUUCCAGCAAAAAGAGAAAUGGCGCACGUGCAGACAAACAUUCCCUGCUCAGUAAGAGGCUCAAGACGUGACCGGUUUGAAGCAAGAUGCACGCCCGGAGUGAGCGGAUGUGUCCCCAUCUGUUAGCUCCAUCGUGCUCCCUAACGCUAGGAUUGUCACUCAGCUUAGAUUUGCAAACAAAAAGGUCCAUUAAUGAUAAGAAUAAACCAAGUGAUAGCCAAACCAUGUCAGGAUUAUUAGCGCGGCCUCUGGCCUAUUAAUUUCCUACUGGAGAUUUCUGAAGCUACUUAAUUAUUCUGCGAAAUGCAAACUUGCAGAUUCAAAAUUAAGUCGGUAGUUUGGCUUCUCGUGUUCUAGUGUUUGAAAAUUUCGAGAGCACAGUGCACUAGGGCAGCAUGAAAGGAAAAAAAGGAAGAAAAAAAGAAAUUAGAGAGUGAAGUAUAAUAGGUGCCUUAACUUUGGAGAUUUAGUGCCCUAAAAUAUGAAUUUUAUAAUGAUCGCAUAUAUAAAAGUAUAUUUAUUGACUGUAAUGAAAUAAAAGAUGAUGUCAACAAAAAUUUAUCAGAGAGGUGUUUUCCCUUCGUUUGCAGAGACUAUUAAGGGUGAGGGUGGUAGAAAUCAAAGACAUUCAGGAAAAAUCACAUACAGCAAAUAGUAAAA